AUGUCUAGCAUCACCGUUGAGCCUCUGGCUGUGCCCGAAACAUCCGGCGUCAAAUUUGGCGCCACCGUAUCAAACGUGGACAUUGAGAACCUAACUGAUGCCGACUUUGACGUUAUUCGCGAUGCCCUGUUCAGAAACCAGGUCUUGAUCUUCAAGAACCAGGGUCAUGUGUCGCCCAAGGCCCAGUACGAGUUGACCAACCGCUUCGAUCCUGCUGCGACCUCGUACGGCCACGGCAAGACGAUCGAUGCCAAGCGUAGCGUUCUGCACCCCGACUUGAAGACCAUUCCCCACCAGCCACAAGUCCAGGUGAUUGGCAACGGUCCCGUGGCAGAAUACGAGGGGUUGAAGGAUUUCAGACUCAGACACCCGCACCACAGAACCUUUCACGCGACCCAGAUCCCAGCCGAGGAAGACCUCGACUUUACCCGCUUCUACCGGUGGCACAUUGAUGCGGCGCUCUACGGCCUUGCUCCGCCAAUCGUUACCACCCUGCUUGCCGUAAAGGUACCAGGUGGCCGCCGCCAGACCUGCCGCUACGACGAUGGCACGGGAGACGUGCUCGACGUUCCUCUGGGCACCACUGCAUUCGUGUCGGGCUACACCAUGUAUGAUAUUCUCUCUGAUGCCGACAAGGAGUUUGUGCGGACGAGCAAGAUUGAAUAUGCCCCUCACCCCUACAUCUGGAUGUCGAGCGCCAAGGCUCGCUCGACUGGACUGGGCAUGAUCUCGGAAGGCAAAGAGGUGCCCAUGGACGACUUGCCGCCCAUUGAGGAGGACAAGAUCCAGAUCCUGCCGCUCUGCUGGCGCAACCCCGUCACUGGAAAGCUGGCCGUCCAGGUCCACCCGUCUGCGAUCCGCAAGCUGCACCUCGCUGACGGCACCGUCAUUGACGACCUGGAAAAGGUCCGCGAAAUCAUCUAUCGCAUUCAGCGCCCCGGCAUUGCACCCGAGAGAGUGUAUCCCCACGACUGGGAGGAGGGUGACUUUGUGCUCUUCCACAACCGUGGAGUCCUGCACUCUGUUGUUGGCGCCUUUGCCGAGGACGAGGUCAGACUGUUCCGUCAGUGCAAUGUUGCCGCUAGCUAUUUGCCUGAAGGCCCUCGUGAUGUCAGCGUUGCUGCCUAG